AUGGCAGCGAUCUAGGGCUUUGCUAACAAGACGCAGCGCAUUCAUUACACUUCAAAGUCGGCCUUAGCGUUCAGGAACGACCACUGUUACUGCUAAGCAUUCGCUCGCGACGUUCGCUUUGUAGCCACCGCAGUCGGAGGCGCACCUACCCAUUCACGAAGAGAUACACUGUUCCAUAAACCAUACGUCCAUCCGCCCGCCCAUCAUGCCUAGAGUAUCACGACGAAUGAAAUAUAAACGUAUAUACUGUUGCUACACAAGGAUAGAUCGCAGAAUCUGUCCCCUCUGCGGAGACGAAGUGACCAAAUGGAACUUUCAAGGUAAAGUCGAACAUUGCUUUCGCUGUCGUAAGGCUCUUGUAUGGGAUGCUGCAAAAAAGGUCCAGUUGUCAAGGGUCCGAGGUCGGCCAACUUUGAAGUUCUGCGGUCGUGGUUCACCGGCUAUGAGCACGGUAGAAGAAUGCAAUGAAUCUGGAGAGGGCCAUUCCAGGCGGAGUUCGUGGAGCUGUCCCAUAGACGACGAUCUAUGCACCCCGGACAACGAUUCACUGCGCUCGUGGAUCACGGUGACAUCCCAAGAUAUGGGCUCUUCCAUCAACGACGAUAGUGACGGUGAUGCGGUCACCGUAUACGAGAGCGCAGGACCAGAUACAAAGGACGACACGGUACCAGCUCGAAUGACCAUAUCGAGUCUACCGAAAGACGAGCAAUUGACAAUGAAUGCUUCGGACACAACCAACGAGAAUGACACAGUUGCUCUGCUCCCAGCAACUGCUGUACCCGAGCCGAUCGCCGACGCUCCACAUCCGACAUCUCCACGUCCCAUAUCUCCUCCUCGUAUAACAUCCCCAAGUCCCACAUCUCCUCGCGCGUCAUCUCCAAGUUCAUCAUCUCCACGCCCAUCGCCUCUACGUCUGAUACCGAAGAAGAAGACAUGUAGAUUUAGACAACGAUUCAGACGCAAACGACGCGAGCCUAUGGAGCCGAGCCCGUCUCUGGAAGACCUCAUCAGCAUUCCAGAGGUUGUGCCCCAACCUCGCGCUGCAGAGCUCCUCAAUACCCUUGUUCUCGCUAGAUCUAUUCAUGGACGAGGAGUUGUUACAGACCCUGUCACGGCGUCUUCCGUGCUAGAAUCCCGAGAGCCUGAUGAAAUUCUCCAGCAACACGCCGCUGACCUCGACGAUGCUCUUGCACGACUCGAAUCGCUCGAAGUUAACGGUAGUGACGAGGAGGGGUCUGCAUCCAGUAGGCGGUCAUCCUUUUGGUCCCAAAUCUUUUGUUUUCUGUAGUGCAGAGGGCUUCGGAUAUUAUCGAGGAGGCAGAGAAGAUGGAAGUAUGAGGUAUUGGCUUAGGAUAGGCGCGCAUAUGCAUCCGUGCGUAUGGAAUUGGAAGGCAGAUCGAUGUAGGAAAUGCAAACCAAUUCAUGGGUGAAGAUGGGCAUUAAUCCUUUGAAAGCCUAGUGUCCGAGGAACUGCUUCGUCUGGUAGCACAGUGCAGAUAUGAUCCUCCCUGCAUAAUCAAUGAUGAAAGCGUAAU